AUGAACAAUCCAAACAGUAAAUUGAACCUCAGCUUCUCGCAACUCUUUCAUGCCCCAUCGGUCACUUUUCCAGUUUUUGGAAAAGUGCCCGAGGAUACCCCCACAAAUCUGAAAGAAGAAGAUCAAGUUGGUCGCAAAGGGAAGCGAUCAAAACUUCCCUCGAUGAAAUCAAAGUCCCGGAGCAGCACCAGUCAGCGCCGAAGCAACAGUCGCUUGAAUGAUUUGUCCAAUUCAGAUAGGUCAAUUGGCACCCCGAGCACCACAAUGGAACCCAACUCUUCUUCCUCCUCGUUUUCCCUCGAAAAGGAUGACUUGAUUGGAGAUGGUGGUAGCAGGAUCAGCCACUUUCAUCAACAAAAGAAGAACUUUGACAAGAUCAAAGAGCAGGUUCGCCGAGUGAGCACAAACAAUCUGUCAACGGCGGACCUUGAACGAACCCCGCGAAGAUCAAGGAUUCGGCGGAGUCUCUCUGCGGGAGAAAACCUGUCAGAGUUGCAAAAUGCCACGAAACCUCCGAGGCACGGCCGCAGUCGAAUGGCGGCGCCAAAGAGUCCUGCCGAACCUCCAUCGUUUCGUCGAACUGUCUCUGAUCGCCGUAACUACAGCAGGAGAACCAAGUCAAAGGGGGCAUCACCGCCCUCCGUUGUGGGCGGACCACAGGACAGCUGGAGGAGUGAAAGCAGUAACAAAAACACAGCAUCCACCUGGUCAGGUGGACACACGGCCGAAACAUGGACAUGCAACUGUGGGUUCGUCCUGAAGGAGCGCAUGCAAUACUGCGGAAUGUGUGGAGCAAAGAAACACUGGACCUGCGAUCUUUGCAGUUUUGACGAGAAUUUGAAUAUCUUUUGCUACUGUGGCGGAUGUGGAACAGCGAGAUGUGAGUGCCAGUAG